AUGAAGCUCUCUCUGACUUUCGCCUCGUCGCUGCUGGUCGCGGCCGUCGCCGCCCAGAACGGCACCUACACGAACGGCACCUGCACGCCCACCUACAAGAACCCCAAUGCCACCAUUGACGACAGAGUGUCUGACCUUCUUAGGCGCAUGACUAUUGAGGAGAAGACUGCCCAAUUGAUCCAGGCCGAUAUUCGUGACUACCUCAACCUGACCGAUGGCCGCUUCAACCAGAGUGGUCUGGCCUGGGCUGCUGAGAACAGAGCCAACUCCAUCUGGACUGGACUCUACACCAAUAUGUCUACCGUCUCUUAUGGAGCCAAGUUAGCCCAGGACUACCUGUUGCACAACACCACGCUGGGUAUCCCGGCUUUCAUCCAGAGCGAGGGAAUCCACGGCUUUCUUGCCCUCAAUGCCACCAUCUUCAACUCGCCCAUUGCCCACGGUUGCUCGUGGAACCCUGAACUGGUCGAGAAGAUGGCCAGAGUCAUUGCCAUCGAGUCCAAGGCUCUCGGCGUGAACCAGAUCUUUGCCCCCGUGGUAGAUUUGGCUCGUGAGCUGAGAUUCGGGCGUGUGGAGGAGACCUACGGCGAGGACCCCUUCUUGGUCGGCGAGUACGGAUACCACUACACCAAGGGCCUUCAGGAGGAGGGCGUUUGCGCCAUGGUCAAGCACUUUGCUGCCUUCGCUACCCCUGAGCAGGGCGUCAACACUGCUCCCGUUCACGGCGGCCCCAGAGAGCUUCGUACCACCUACCUUCCUGCGUUCAAGCGCGCCAUCUUUGAUGCCGAUGCCUGGAGCAUCAUGUCUUCCUACAACGCCUACGACGGCGUCCCGACUGUGGCCGACCACCAUCUGUUGACCGAGAUUCUCCGCGAGGAAUGGGGCUACGAAUACUACGUCAUCUCCGACGCUGGUGGUACCGCCCGUCUGGCCAACGCCUUCUUCGUUUGCGGAGAGACUGACGAUUCUUGCAUCACCCUGAACGCACUGCCUGCUGGCAACGACGCCGAGAUGGGUGGUGGACGCUACAGCUUCCAGUACAUCCCCGAACUCGUCGCCAAUGGAACUCUGCCCGAGGACGUUGUUGACACCGCUGUUUCCCGUGUCCUUCGUGCCAAGUUCAAGUCCGGUAUCUUCGAGCACCCCUACACCGCUGUCCCCGACGACCAGUUUUUCGACUACAUCAAUACCGAAGAGCACCGCAAGAUUGCCCGCGACCUCGACGCCGAGAGUAUCAUUCUGCUCGAGAACCACAACGAGACCUUGCCCCUGAAGAAGGAUGCCCAUGUUGCUGUCAUUGGUCCCAUGGCUCACGGCUAUGUCAACCCGAGCGCUAACAACACUCAGUACGGCGACUAUGUCAUCCAUACCGCUAUGGAGCGCGGCGUCACUCCCCUCGACGGUAUCCGAGCCGCCAGUGAGGGCACUGUCACCUAUGCCAAGGGUGCUGAGCGCUGGUCCAACGACGAGGCCGGCUUCCCCGAGGCCAUCGCUGCUGCCGAGGCCGCCGACGUCGCCGUCGUCAUUGUCGGGACCUGGUCUCGUGACCAGGACGAGCUCUGGGCGGGUCUGAACGCCACCACCGGUGAACACAUUGACGUCCACGACUUCAAGCUCGUCGGCGCCAUGGGCCGCCUUGUCAAGGCCGUCAUUGACACCGGCAAGCCCACCGUCGUCAUCUUCAGCUCCGGAAAGCCCAUCACCGAGCCCUGGAUCUCGGACGAGGCCGGCGCUCUGGUCCAGAUGUUUUACCAGGGCGAGGAGGGUGGCCACGCGCUGGCCGACAUCCUGUACGGUAACGUGAACCCCUCCGGCAAGCUCUCCGUCGCCUUCCCCUACGACGUCGGCACCACCCCCGUCUACUACGACUACCUCAACUCCGCCCGCGCCUGGCCCAACCCGGGUAAGGAGUACCCCAAUGGCACCUUGGUCUUUGGCAACAACUACGUCCUGUCGAGUCCUCUGCCCCUGUACGAGUUCGGUUACGGUCUGUCCUAUAGCACCUUCGACUACACCGACAUCAGUGUCUCCUCGUCGAGCGUUUCCCCGACCGACACCGUCACACUCAACGUCAAGGUGACCAACAACUCAACCCGCGACGGCGCCGAGGUCGUCCAGGUCUACGUCAAAGACAUGAUUUCUUCCAUCGUUGUGCCCAACAAGGAGCUUCGUGGCUUCUCAAAGGUCUUCAUCAAGGCCGGCGAGACCGCCGAUGUCUCGGUCGACCUGCCCGUCUCCGCCUGGGGCCUGUGGGACAAGAAGCUGCAGUACGUUGUCGAGCCUGGCGACUUCACCGUCUUCGUUGGCUCCUCCAGCGACGAUCUUCGUGGCAACGCCACCGUGACAGUUGUGUAG